AUGUCUGCCUCCAUCGAUGGAGACGCAGAGGAUCUCGCGCCAACCCUCGAGGGUAUCAUAAAUCAAAAGUCUCUCCGCUGGAUCUUCGUUGGUGGGAAAGGCGGUGUUGGCAAAACGACAACUUCUUCCUCCCUAGCCAUUCAACUAGCGAAGGUCAGAAAAUCAGUACUCCUCAUAUCCACCGACCCUGCCCACAAUCUUAGCGACGCAUUUAGCCAAAAGUUUGGGAAGGAAGCUCGACUCAUAGAUGGCUUCACCAACCUGAGUGCCAUGGAAAUAGAUCCAAAUGGCAGUAUUCAAGACUUACUGAAAGAGGGUGGUGAAUCUGCAGACGAGAUGAUGGCACAAACGGGAGGGUUGGGAGGAAUGAUGCAGGACCUUGCUUUCAGUAUCCCGGGAGUAGAUGAGGCAAUGUCGUUUGCAGAGGUUCUGAAGCAGGUCAAAAGUCUUUCGUACGAAGUCAUCGUCUUCGACACCGCACCGACGGGACACACACUUCGCUUCCUUCAAUUCCCUACCGUGAUGGAGAAAGCCCUGGCCAAGAUCUCGCAACUGUCCACCCAGUUUGGCCCCAUGCUCAAUUCCAUCGUCGGCGCUCGAGGUGGUUUGCCGGGCGGCCAAAGCAUGGACGACGUGAUCGCAAAGAUGGAGUCCCUCCGCGAAACGAUCUCCGAGGUCAAUACACAAUUCAAGAAUGCUGACAUGACGACAUUCGUAUGUGUGUGCAUUGCCGAAUUCUUGUCACUGUAUGAAACAGAGCGGAUGAUCCAGGAGCUAUCUGGCUAUGAAAUUGACACACACGCAAUCGUGGUCAACCAGCUGCUGUUCCCAAAGAAGUCGAAUGAAUGUGAACAGUGUAACGCCAGGAGAAAGAUGCAAAAGAAAUACUUGGAGCAGAUAGAAGAGCUUUAUGAUGAGUUCAAUGUGGUGAAGAUGCCACUGUUAGUAGAGGAGGUCAGAGGAGUGGAGAAGCUGAAAAGCUUCAGCGAGAUGCUAAUCAAGCCAUAUGAGGCACCGGAAUGA